AUGAUCGAAUACAAGGAGCUCCUUGAAGCUUGUGAGAGCGUCGACGUUACGAAAACGGCCGAUGAGGCUUUCGAGUUUGCUAGAGUUCUUGAUGAGGCCGGCGUCGUUUUGCUCUUCAGAGAUAAGGUUUAUCUACAUCCGGACGAGGUGGUUGACUUGGUUAGAAAAGCUGGUCCUCUUACACUGUUACCUGACAAUGACCCUUGCAAGGAUGAGAUGAACCAGCUGCAGGAGAAAAAGGAACAAGUUGACAGGCUUGCGCACAAGCAGGUUUGCUACAUUAUGUGGACAGGUUUAGGCCUGGCAAUGAUACAGGUCGGUUUAUUCUUCCGACUAACAUUCUGGGAGUUCUCUUGGGAUGUUAUGGAGCCAAUUGCAUUUUUCACUACUACAACUGGUAUAGUCAUUGGGUACGCUUACUUCCUGUUCACGUCAAGAGAUCCAACAUACCAAGACUUCAUGAAGAGACUCUUUCUUUUGAGACAGAAGAAGCUCAUCAUGAAGAGUCCAUUUCAAUCUUGA